UUCAUACAAUCCCGCAUCACUGCAUCUCCAGUUGAAGAGACACGAUGGCUUUAGCGGAUCCAACCUGUGGAAUAUUAAACGGCGCAGAAUCCACGUCUCCGUUUUCCGAAAUUAUUGAACUAAAUGUUGGAGGACAAGUGUAUGUAACGCGGCACACGACUUUGACAGCCGUGCCGGGUUCUCUCCUCUGGAACAUGUUCAGUAAGAAAACGCCGAAAGAGCUGGCACGGGACAGCAAGGGUCGUUACUUUUUGGACAGGGACGGGUUUCUUUUCCGCUACAUUUUAGACUACCUACGGGAUCUAAAUCUGGUUUUGCCCGACUAUUUUCCAGAAAAGAGCAGACUACAGAGGGAGGCAGAGUUUUUUCAGCUGCGGGACCUGACCAAGCUCUUGAGUCCUAAAAUGAGUAAAGACAUCUCCAUCACCGAUGAGAUCUGCCAGAGUGAUUCGGAAGAGCCGUCGGUGCAGAGCGCGACUCCGUUGGUCGGACCGGACCCCUCACGCGCGCUGUCCGCCGUCAGCACCGCUCGUUCUCCAUCACUGGAGUCCAAGAAGACGGGCUACAUCACAGUCGGUUACCGGGGUUCAUAUACAAUAGGAAGAGACAUACAGACAGACGCCAAAUUCAGGCGAGUCGCGAGGAUCACGGUGUGCGGGAAAACUUCUCUAGCUAAAGAGGUGUUCGGAGACACUUUGAACGAGAGCAGAGACCCGGACCGACCUCCGGAGAGGUACACAUCGCGCUAUUAUCUGAAAUAUAAUUUUCUCGAGCAAGCGUUUGACAAACUGUCCGAGCUUGGCUUCCAUAUGGUCGCGUGCAGCUCCACUGGCACGUGCGCUUAUUCCAGCAGUGAUCCGAACGAGGACAAGAUCUGGACAAGCUACACAGAGUAUGUUUUCUGUCGAGAAUGAGCACACAUUUGUUACAUGAAAACGUCUAUACGCAUUUAAUACAAUAGUAAGGUUCCAUCCACUCUUAGAGAAGUAUAAUGGAGUUUCUCCGAUUUGCACCCGCCAGUUGUCUCAUUGUUAGCGUCACAGGAUCGACUAACUCUGAGACUUUAAAGCGAUAUUCUGGGUUUAAUACUUAAGCAUUUAUGGCAUAAUGUUGAUUACCUCCCGGCCCUCCUUUUCUUAAAAAAAAUAAAUAAAAAAAUAAAUAAAUUUGGGUUACAUUGAGGCACUUUCAAUGGAAGUGAAUGAGGCCAAUCCGUAAAUGUUAAAAUACAAUAUGCGUUUUAACAUGACUUUAAUGUGAUAAAAUUAAUUACUAACAUUUUCUGUGAUUUUUGCAAAUUCGUUGCCAUGACGACAUGACGCAGUUCACCCCAAAACCCUUAAAUGACCGAAAAACGGCUAUUUAAAUAACUUUACAGCUCAAAUAAUACGAGUUUUAACAGCAGAUUUAAUAUAAAACUAUAAACUUCAUAUUUCUGCUUUCUGCCCUCCAAAAAGUGGCCCCAUUCACUUUCAUUGUAAGUGCUUCACUGUGACCUCGAUUUUUGCUUCUUUUUAUUUCUUAAAAAAAUAAUACUUUUUUUUUUUUUUUAAGAAAAGUAGGGAUGAUUCGAAAUAAAUUUGUGUGGUAAUCAACAUUAUGCCACAAAUGCUGUCGAUUGAGCUUAAUAUUACAUUUUAUAUCCUGUAAUUCAUGAAUGCAGAAUGUGUUACUAUAGUGAUGCGUUCUUUCAUAGCUUUUUUCCUUUUUGUCAUUUUUUAUUUUUUUAAAAUUCAGAUUAGUAUUCAGAUGGCCUAUUUAUGAAACGUUCGCAUGCUAUGUAUUUUGUAUGUGUUAGUCAUUUUGCAUCAAACGUUGCUUUAUUAAACAUGGCAGAAACACAGACCAUUUUCACGAAAUAAGUUCAAUUAUGUCCUUUAUACAGGCUCACAAUUUUUAAUGGUAGUAUUGUACUGACUACAUAUUUGCUUACAUUCCAGUUUUAAAUGAGUGGGCAGUGAGAUUUGUUUGUUUUUGUCUAUGUUCAUAUCUGUAUAUUAAACAAAGUGCACCUUUUUAAUCCAGCUGUAAAUGACUUAAGAUGUUUUCUUUUAAAAGAGAGUUAAUCAUUCAAUAAAUUAUAAUCUUGUAAUCUUUCAGCCUUACAAUUUUGAAUUAUUAUUAUCAAAAUUCUUUAAAAAAAAAAAUAAAAAAAUAAAAAAAUAAAUAAAUCACUUUUGUUUGUUUUCAGUGUGACUUUUGCAGCUUUACAGUCUAGAGGGCUAAAACAGUACAUGAGUAACAGCCCAGAUUUGCUCUUCUGUACAAAUGCAUUCAGUGCUUCAAGUGCAUUAUAUUUUUAAAAUAUAUUUUUGCUUAAUAGAAAUUUAAA